AUGUCCCAGGGCUUUCUACUCCUUCCUAUUUGGAUAUCUCAGAUCAUUCUGGCUGGCCACACAUUUACCUUUACCCAGUAUCAGGUGGCGAGCCGGUUGCGUUGACAUCUGGCAACUGGGAAGUCACUGCAGUCUACUCAAUCGAUUCUAGGCGCGGUCUAGUCCAUUACCAAUCCACAGAGCGUGAUUCUACCGAACGCCACAUCUUUACUGUGAGUCUCGAUGGAAAGACCAAAAAGCCUCUCGUAGAUAUCACCAAGGAAGGAUAUUACGGCGCCAGCUUCUCCCCCGGAGGAGGGUACCACACCCUGAGCUAUAGCGGACCAAACUUGCCAUGGCAAGUACUUCGCAGCAUAGGCUCCGAUAUGCCCAUCCGGGUGAUAGACCACAACGCCCCCCUUGAGGCCAACCUUUCCGCAUAUUCUCUCCCCAAAAUCGUCUGGUCGAAGCUCAAGCACCCAGAUGGAUAUGAGCUCAACGUUUUGGAGCGUCUACCGCCAAAUUUCACUAAGGGGAAGAAAUAUCCGGUACUAUUUGAUAUAUAUGGUGGCCCGGGCUCGCAACGCACAGAAAAGACCUUUCGCCGGACGGUUGACUUCAGCACAUACUUGGGAUCGGAUCCCGAGUUGGAGUACAUCGUUGUCACGGUGGACAAUCGUGGAACGGGGUAUAAGGGGCGGAAAUUCCGUACUAUGGUCGUCGGUCAGCUGGGAAAGCUGGAGGCGGAAGAUCAAGUUUGGGCCGCGAAGGAGUACGGGAAACGAGACUAUGUUGAUGCCGGGAAGAUUUCUAUUUGGGGGGGGAGUUACGGCGGAUACCUCACUGGUAAAGUUCUCGAAUUGGAUUCCGGAGCAUUCUCUUUAGGCAUUGUAUGUCCCUCCAUCACUUCUCCUACCCCACUCCCGGCCAGGCCGCUAAAACAGGAUAGAUGACCGCUCUAUCGAGUGACUGGCGCUUCUAUGAUAGCAUCUACACCGAACGCUACAUGAAAUCCCUAACCGCCAACAGGGCAGGUUACAAUGCCUCCGCCAUAGCAAAGACAUCGGGAUUCAAGAACGUUGCGGGAGGCUUCCUCAUCCAGCAUGGGACCGCUGACAACAAUGUGCAUUUCCAGAACCCGGCGGUUCUUGUCGACACGCUGGUUUCCGAGGGCGUGAGUCCUGAGAAGAUGCGAGUGCAAUGGUUCACUGACUCGGAUCAUAACUUUAAUCAUAAUGGGGCCUCAACCUUUUUAUACAAGCAGUUGGCCAAAGAACUUUACGAUGAGAAGAGGAGGACACCCGAGGGCAAGCAUCAGUGGAGUCGCAGGAAGGUUUAGGGGGCGUCAACUUUAUAGACCGCUGUUUUUGAAACAAAGAGAGCGGAAUCAGGGUGAGGCAUAGUUAGCAUCUCUUGUCUAGUAAUUUUGUGUAGUGCGGGCCUGUUGGAAGGCGAAUUGGCCUAAUAGAAGACCAGAGUAGCCCGACUUGUAAGAGAGGCUUUGUUAUUGAGGAGCGAGAACAUUUUAGCUGUAAGCGUUGAGGCGUCAUUCAAGCGGGCGAAAGUGACAAAAGAACAUUAAAGAACACCCACAGAAAGCCAUCCAAUUGAGAUAAGAUAAAAAAAUACAAAUGUCAAGUAUCUUGCCCGCGUAGAGAGCACAAACAGAAGAGGAAAAAUAAUCAUCAAACGGAGAAAGUCAAAGCCCUAAGUUAGUCCACUCCUCCAAAUUACCUAGUAUCGGUCACACCGGCCACUUUAUAUACAUAGCACGGUU